AUGAGCGGGGCGAACACCCCCUCCGUCGAAGGAUCGACGCCAAGAGCGAGUUCUCGGGAAAUUCACCGAACAGACGAUGAAAAGGAUAUCGUACUCGACCAAACAAAACGAGACUCCGAUCUCGAGAGUGGUCCCGCACAACCCAACAACGAAGAGAAAGCAGAUGUCGACCCGAACAUUGUCACCUGGGAUGGACCAGACGAUCCUGAGAACCCACUCAACUGGACAUCAAAAAGGAAACUCGGAGCUACAUGUUCAAUUGCCCUGAUCACCCUACUCACGCCUCUCGGCUCUUCUAUGUUCGCACCCGGCGUCCCACGACUAGUCAAAGACUUCGGAGUAACCAGCACCGAGCUCUCAUCCUUCGUUGUCUCUGUAUACCUACUUGGAUAUUGUUUCGGGCCUCUGCUACUGGCACCUCUGUCAGAGAUGUACGGUCGACAAUACCUCUAUCAUGGCUGCAAUAUUCUCUAUGUGAUUUGGACGAUUGCUUGCGCCGUUGCGCCGGAUAUUGGCAGCCUCGUUGUGUUCCGGUUCUUCGCUGGGUUUGCUGGUAGUUGUCCGCUGACUAUUGGUGCUGGAUCUAUUGCCGAUAUUUUUCCGCAGGAGAAGAGGGGUGCUGCUAUGGCAGCUUGGGCUAUUGGGCCUUUGAUUGGGCCUGUUAUUGGACCUAUUGCUGGAGCAUUCUUGUCGCAGGCUAAGGGUUGGAGGUGGACUUUCUGGGUUUUGGCUAUGGCUAGCGGCGCCAUCUCAUUCACCUCAAUAUUCACCAUCCGCGAGUCUUACGCACCAACGCUCCUAGCCCGAAAAACAAAGAAACUCCAGAAAGAAACAGGAAACAUGAACCUACGCUCAGCCCUUGACAGCGGCCGCACACCACGAGACCUAUUCCUCUUCUCAAUCGUCCGCCCAACCAAAAUGCUCUUCCUCUCCCCAAUUGUAUUCCUCCUCUCCCUCUACGUUGGCGUGAUAUACGGAUAUCUAUAUCUGCUAUUCACAACCAUCACUCCAGUCUUCGAAGAGAACUACGGCUUUUCCCAGGGCAUAGUCGGCCUCUCAUACCUCGGUAUUGGCAUUGGGUCAAUCUUGGGACUCGCGAUUCUAGGAGCCACCUCUGACCGUCUACUAAAUUAUCUAUCUGCCAAGAACGGAGUCAGGAAACCGGAAUACCGUCUUCCACCAAUGAUUCCCGGAUCCCUGUUUAUCCCGGCUUCACUGUUUAUGUAUGGCUGGUCGGCGUAUUAUCAUGCCCACUGGAUUGUGCCCAUUAUUGGGACUUCGUUACUUGGUGUCGGCAUGCUGGUUUCCUUCAUGACUGUCAGUACCUACUUGGUAGACGCAUUCACGAUCUACGCUGCCUCCGCCAUGGCUGCUAAUACGGUUUUCCGCUCACUGGCCGGCGCAAUGCUCCCCCUCGCCGGUCCUAAAAUGUACCAAGCACUUGGACUUGGGUGGGGAAACUCGCUACUUGGAUUUAUUGCAUUGGCACUUUGCGGGCUACCUGUCAUUUUUUGGCUGUAUGGUGAGCGCAUAAGAACUAGUAAGCGGUUCCAGGUGGAGUUUUGA